UGGCUGGGGAUAUCAAGAAGCAUUUGUAGUGUGUAGACAAUUAGGUCUACCAGCAACAGAUGCACAAUCUGUUUAUUAUUAUAAUUCUUUUGGAUAUGGACAUGGAAUACCAACAUUGUACAACUGGAGAUGCAUUGGGAAUGAGUCAAGUUUGAAUGAUUGCUUAAAGUCUACAUCAAGCUGUUACUAUAGUUAUCGUAGUGUGUACAGGAUAUCUGGAGUUAGUUGUAAAGGAAGCAUUGUACCAGGAAAUUGUUCUACUGGCAGUAUGCGUCUUGUUGGUCCUAAUGGUCCUAAUAAAGUGGAAGGGAGAGUAGAGUAUUGCAGUAAUGGAGUGUGGGGUACUGUUAGUAGAUAUGGAUUUGAUGUUAGAGAUGCUCAUGUAGUAUGCAGAAGACUUGGUCAUCAGACACCACGAGCUUUGAUAAUUUGGAAUGCUUACUUUGGUCAAGGAUCUGGUCCAGUAGUGUUUUAUUAUUUAGGAUGUACUGGAAGUGAAGAUAGAUUAGAACAUUGUACUUACUCAUCAAGUCCAUAUUAUCUUAGCCACGCAACUGAUGUUGGUGUGAAAUGUUCAGAGAGAGUAUUAACUGACUGUAUUAAUGGUAGUGUUAGAUUGGUUAAUGGUACUACACCAGAUGAAGGAAGAGUGGAAGUUUGCAUCAAUGGAGAAUGGGGAGCUGUUUGUGGUCGGUACUGGGAUAGAAGUGAAACUAAAGUUGUUUGUAAGCAGCUUGGAUACAGCCAAGAUGCAGUUGAGGGAUCAGUGUUUAGAUAUUCUAAAUUUGGGGAUGGAGAUUAUCAACAAAUUUUAUGGAAUAUUCAGUGUACUGGAUCAGAGACUAGCUUGACAUCUUGUAGUAAUUACCAUAAUGAUAAUUGCUAUUAUGGACGCACUGUUGGCAUCAAAUGUUACAAUACAACUAAUUGCACUCAUGGUGAAAUCAAGUUGUAUGGGGGACAGUCUAAUGCUGAAGGAGAUUUAUUAAUUUGUUUUAAUGGAGUGUGGAUUUUUGUGUGUGAUUGGUGGUCAAUUUUACCAAAUGUUGUGUGCAGACAGUUGGGUUAUCAAGAUAACAACUGGGCUUCAUAUUCAUAUAAUUCAUUGUUUGGUUCAAAUAACAAUGUUGCUCCAAUGGUGGUAGUUCGAUUUUCAUGCAGUGGAAAUGAAAAUUCACUAGAUUAUUGCUCCAAUAAUACUUACAAUUAUCACUGUGAUACAGCAUUUGGAUUUAUAUGUUCAAGUGUAGUAAAUUGUAGCAAUGGAACAAUUCGCUUAACUGAUGGAGGAGGAGAUAAUGAAGGAAGAGUAGAGAUAUGUACUGAUGGUAUAUGGAUGACAAUUGAUGCAAGAUACUACUGGAAUUAUAAUAAUGCUAAAGUUGUUUGCAGGCAAUUAGGAUAUUAUGAUACUUGGUCUGUUGCAAUUACUGAUACUAACUGGAGUGGUAAGAAUGAAAGAGUUGGUUAUAGAUAUGUGUGUACUGGAACUGAGAAUAAACUAAGUAGCUGUUCAAAAUACUCACCUUCAUCAUAUGCAAAUUAUUGGUUUAAUCAGAAACGAGGUGGAGUAGAUUGUCAAUACAAUGACACUGGAA